UGUCCUCACCCGACCCCCCCCCAGUAUAUUGGCUGCCCCCAGGGGAGGCGGGGGGUGCAAAAAAUCCCCCGUCCCUUCUUGACUCCCGUUCCCGGCGGGACCCGCCUUGCAGGGAUUGGCAAAUGCGUGGCCGUGGACUUGGCGCGCCGGAACGCCCGCACCGUCCUGGCCUGCCGGGACCCAGCCAAGGGCCAGGCUGCGCUGGACGAGAUCCGCAGGGCGGCCGGCAACCCCAACGUGCACCUGCGCCUCCUGGACCUCAGCUCCAUGGCCUCCGUCCGGGAUUUUGCCAGGCGGUUCCUGGCAGAGGAGCCCCGGCUGGACAUCCUGGUCAACAAUGCAGGAAUCACAGGUUUGCCAGGUGCUGCCUCUGUGGAGGAGGUGAAGCUGCUGUUUGCCACCAACGUCCUUGGCCCCUUUUUGCUGACCAACCUGUUGCUGGGUACCUUGAAGGCCUCUGCUCCGGCACGGAUCGUGAACGUUUCCUCCUUCGUGCAUUACAAGGGGACGGUCAACGUCAAGUUCUUGACUGGGGAGGAGCCGCCCAAAAACUGCAGCCAGGCUUACUACAGCUCCAAGCUCAUGAACGUGGCCUUCGCCAACGAGCUGGCCGGGCAGCUGCAGGGCACAGGGGUGACUGUCAAUUCCCUGAACCCGGGGGUCGUCAGGACAGGCAUCAUGCGCCAUUUCUCCUGGGCGGUCCGCCUGCUCUACAACGUCUGCAGCAUCUUCAUGAAGUCAGCAGAAGAGGGUGCCGUCAGCACACUGUACUGCGCUGUCUCCAGGGAAGUCGAGGGCAUCACAGGCAAGUACUUUGACAGCGACUGCAGCCUGGUGCUACCUUCUGCCUGCGCCCAAGACCCAGGCGUCACCCGCAAACUCUGGGAUGCUCUGGAGCAGCUGGUGGACCUCAGGAACGGUGGGACUGAGUGACAGCCCGGGCCAGCCCCUCUUGGCUGCUUCUCUUGCGCUCUUGCAGGACCGGCCGGCUCUUCCCUGGGCGGCUGCUUCCUUUCUUUGCACCACCCCUUCUCCCCAAGGACCGAGGCAAACAGCCAGUGUGAAGUCUGCUCUUUUUGCCACUACCACCCACCGUGUUGACGCUUUCACUGAUCUUUUGGGCCUUUUCCCCUUUCAGCCUCUGCAAGUUCAGACCACAUGAGCCUGUACUUAAAGCUGGAAUUUUUUUUUAUCCCAGUGGGUAUCACCACCUGACAAGUUAGCAGCUCUGGACUUCAUCUGCCCAUCACCCAAUUUGUUCAGAGACUCCCGGAGCUCUUCACAAUCCACCUGAGUCUUCUGCAUGCUAAAUAAGGGGGUGUCUUGUGCAAAUCUGGCCGCUGCGCUGCUCACCUCCAGUUCCAGGUAGUUCAUGAGCAAAUUAAAUGUCACCGGCCCCAGCACCCAUCCUUGUGAGACCCUAUUGCUGACUUCCCUACAGUUUGCUUCCUGUUGUUUAACUGAUCUGUAAUUCACAAGAGAACCCAUCCUCUUAUCCCACGACUGCUAAAACUUUCUCAGGAGUCUCUGGUGAGGUACCUGUCUGUCAAAGCCUUUUGCAAGUGCCAGUGCUCUGGUGUCAAAGGUAAGAUGAACAAACACCAUAAAACAGCAAACCAGGCAGUUAAAAAGAGCACACAAGUGAAAAGCAGCUCUUCCAGAUCUGCCAGCCGUUUACUUUCCACAAUAUGUCCUUUCACCUUCCUGCGUGCAGAAGGGAGAAAGCACUGGCCACACCCACUCAAGGAAGCCGCCCCAAAGAGCCUCUUCAGAGAUUUUUUCCCCCGGUGAUACCACUGCUGUGGAAUGGCUGCUGCCCUCAGCCCGCCAGGAGGGAAGGGUGAUGUCCGCAAAAGGUUUACAGAGGACAAGACACCACAUCACACACACACACACACACAUUCCACUUGUCAGGCCCCAGCUGGACCAGCCUGCAUCUCCUGAGCAAACUCUUGGCUGCCUGCUUAUAAGAAAAGAACAAAAUAUCCUUGCAACUCAGUAGAUGUUUUGACAACUAAAUAGUCUAAAAAUAUUUUACAACCAGACUAAAGCAAAAGGAAGAUAAUAUAAUCUUCAAGAGAAAGUAAAAAAUUAACUGGGCAAAAAGACAAAACAUGAAGAAAAAAAUCUCUGAGGGGAACCUGUAGGGCAUCUUUGAAUACAGGUAUGGGAGAAAACUUUUGGAAAAUAUUCCUUUGCUGGCAUCCGUUGCUGGCAACCUGGGUGAACAUUUCUAGAGAAUCUGGGAGGGGCUGCAAAGAGGGGAUUUGUGAGGCUAAUUGUGGAAUUGUGAUUUGGCUUUAAAAUUCUGGACUUCAGUCCAUAAAUAAAUUAUAGAGAGCAUAUUUUUUAA